AUGAAGUCAUUUAUGAGUUUAAUAUUAAUACUUACCGCGUGCGUAGUUCAAAGCUUAGGACAAGGUUACGGCGGAGGAGGACAUGGAUAUGGUGGAUAUGGAACUGGUGCGGACAAUAGAAAUAGAGGAAAAUAUGACCACAACUACAAACAAGGAGGCUAUAGCUACUCAGGAUAUGGCGGUCCUGGCCGAGAAUACGGAGGAACGUUUGGUGGCAGCAUUGGUGAUGGACAAAUCCUCUUCAACGGUGACCUAGGCGGUUACAUUCCUGCACGUGGAGGGAGUGGUGGAAUUAGUGCUACUUUUGGAGGUGCUGGAGGGAGUUAUACUGGCAUUCAGGGAUAUGGUGUUAGGACUCCUAGCAACAUUGGGGGUGGAUAUGGUUUCAGUGCGUUUAAUGAUAAAGAUGGUGGGCAGUUCAAUCGAGGCACAGAUAGUGAGCACAUUGUAUAUAACGGUGGGAUAGGUGGAGGAGGAAGACAAACUACUGCAUUUACUGGAUCGUACAGUCGAUCGAUCGGCGAAGUUCACCGUGUUCCUGUCGCGGGGAGUUAUGCUAGUUCACUAAAUGGAGGUCAAGUUGAUUCAAUCGGUGGAGGUUACGGUGGACCUAUAGGAGAUGUUCAAAUCAACCACGAUAUUACCGGGCGGAAGAGCUCCACGUCUGGUGGCUACGGGACAGGUCAGGGCAGACGGUAA